GGCCUGGGUGGGGACGGCGUGUGUCAGUACCAUGGAAAAACUCUUCCUGCCUCUCUUGAUGCUUGGCACCAUGGCGAAAGCGCAGCACUGCCCCGGCCGUUGCAUCUGCCAGAACAUCUCCCCGACGCUGACCAUGCUGUGCGCCAAGACGGGCCUCCUCUUCGUCCCGCCCUCCAUCGACCGGCGCACGGUGGAGCUGCGCCUGACCGACAACUUCAUCACCAUCAUCCGCCGCAAGGACUUCUCCAACAUGACCAACCUGGUGCACCUCACCCUCUCGCGCAACACCAUCAGCCAGAUCCUGCCCUUCGCCUUCUCCGACCUGCGUGCCUUACGAGCCCUGCACAUGAACAGCAACCGUUUGGCGGUCCUCAAAAGCGAGCACUUCAGAGGACUCAGUAACCUCCGGCACCUCAUCCUCGGGAACAACCAGAUCAGCCACAUCGAGUCUUCCUCCUUCAACGAGUUCCUCGCCACCGUAGAAGACCUGGAUCUCUCCUACAACAACCUGGAGACACUGCCCUGGGAGGCCAUCGGCCAGAUGGUGAGCCUGAACACGCUGACGCUGGACCACAACCUCAUCGACCACAUCGCCGAGGGCACCUUCUCCCAACUCCACAAGCUGGUGAGGCUGGACAUGACAUCCAACCGGCUGCAGAAGCUGCCCCCGGACAACCUCUUUUUGAGGGCUCAAGUCCUGGCCAACGCUCGGGGGACCCACCCGUCCACCUUGACCAUCAGUUUUGGCGGCAACCCGCUGCACUGCAACUGCGAGCUACUCUGGCUCCGGCGGCUCACGAGGGAAGACGACUUGGAGACGUGCGCCUCCCCAGAGCACUUGAUGGACAAGUACUUCUGGUCAAUCCCCGAGGAAGAGUUCAUCUGUGAGCCGCCCCUCAUCACCCGCCAGUACUCCUCCAAAGCCUUCAUCAUGGAAGGCCAAGGGGUGAGCCUCAAGUGUAAAGCCGUGGGCGACCCGGAGCCCUCCAUCCACUGGAUCGCCCCCGACGGCAAGCUGAUCCACAACACCACCCGCACGACGGCCUACGACAACGGCACGCUGGAGGUCCUGAUCACCACCUUAAAGGACAACGGCAUCUUCACCUGCAUCGCCUCCAACGCCGCCGGGGAGGCCACGGCCCCCGUGGAGAUCUACAUCGUGCCUUUGCCGCUGCUCAUCAACAACACCGGCCACAUGAAGGAGCCCGACCCCGGCUCGUCGGACAUCACCACCUCCACCAAAUCUGGCGCCAACGACACGAAGAACCACCUGGACAAGAAGAUCGUCGCAGCCGAUCUGACGUCCACCUCGGUGGUCAUCCACUGGCCCUCUGAGCGGCACAUCCCCGGCAUCCGUAUGUACCAGAUCCAGUAUAACAGCAGCCUGGAUGACUCCCUGGUUUACAGGUGA